AUGGCGGCCAAUUUCCUCACUCCUGUCUUUAUAGCUUUUCUUGCAAUUUUAUUCAACCAAAAGUUGCACUAUUCACCAAAUUUGACUUCAGGGAUAAAUGGAUUUGGUCUGAACUGCAUCCUGGCGAACAGUGAGUCGAUAUUAACUGGUCUUGAAGCCUUUUACAGCCACAAUAUACGAGCAAAUAAGAUGAACGUCGGCCGAAGCUCAAGUGAACACAAACAUCUCUUGCUUUGCUUACUUCUCUUAGGUGGCGAUAUUCAAUUAAACCCGGGUCCCAAGUUGAAAUUUCCAUGUGGCUCUUGCAACAAACCAGUUAAAAGCAACCAAAAGGGUAUUCAGUGUGACAAUUGUAACUUAUGGUAUCACACAAGAUGCUGUUCCAUCAAUGAUGAUUUAUACUAUACCCUCACAGCUUCGUCUUGUACGUGGUUAUGUGUGUCUUGUGGCUUUCCAAGUUUCUCAAGCUCACUAUUUGAAUCAUCCUCCAUCGAGCUACAAAAUUCAUUUUCUUCAUUAGACUCAUUGCAUCAAGAUACACAGAAUAUUAGUAGCUCUACUAUUAGAUCACCUGAAACUAGCCCGCUCGACUCCAGCUCAAGAAAUUCAAGUAAUACAAGAAAGCAGUCAAAGGAAAAACUAACUGGCAUGAUUCUUAAUUGUAACGGUCUUAAGGGAACUGAUCAUAUUACUAAAUUCCAAGCUCUCAUAAACUUACAUGAUCCUGACUUUAUCCUUGGAACUGAAUCGAAGCUGUGCCAUGAUAUUUCAACUUACUCCAUCUUCUCUCAGAACUAUUCAGUUUUUCGAAGGGACAGAAAUAAAUUUGAAGGCGGUGUCUUUCAAGCCAUAAAAUCAGAUCUAGUUUGUACCGAAGAGCCAGAUUUUGAAGUUGAUAACUGUGAAAUCAUUUGGACCUCCCUCAAGCUAGCAAACCGUAAAUCAAUAUAUAUGUCAUCUUAUUAUAGGCCACCAAACCAACCUUCUGAUGCUAUCGAUAAUCUGAAUGAAUCUAUAAGACGAGUCUUCAACAAAGUUAAAAAUUUCCCAAACAUCAUAAUUGGAGGAGAUUUUAAUCUUGGAGACAUUGAAUGGAACUCAAGUGCCCCAACUCCAACAAAUCCAGCUACAGCUUCCUUACAUCAAAAGUUCCUUCAAACCAUUGAUGAUUUUUCUCUCUCGCAACAUGUCAAAACUACCACAAGACCAUCAUCUGGUAAGACUUUGGACCUGUUAUUAACUACCUACCCGAAUGUUAUUGUUAAUACCUCUACUGCUUCUGGCUUAAGUGAUCAUCUUGCUGUCAUCUUUGAGGUUAACUUAAAGCCUUCUAGAUCACUAAAACCUCCUCACAAGGUUUAUCAAUACAAGAAAGCCAACUUUCCUGAUCUGUGUAAAUUUAUGUCAGACUCAUCAACUACAUUCUUCUCGACAAAUCCAGAAAAGAGAACAGUUGAAGAAAACUGGGUCCUGUUUAAAACCUCAUUGUCUACUGGGAUAUCUCAGUUUAUUCCACAAAAAUCUUCACGCCCAAAAUAUAAAUUACCAUGGAUUAAUACCAACAUCAAAAGAGAAAUGCGCAAGAAAGAUCGUAUGCAUAAAAAAGCCAUUAAGUCCAAAAAUCAACAACACUGGGAGGCUUUCAAGCGUCAGCGUAAUCUGGUUUCAAAGCUCAUCAAAGACUCCCAUAAUGAUUAUCUUAAUAACAUCAUAGGCAAUAGCUUAAAAGAUAAUCCCAAAAAGUUUUGGUCUUAUUAUUUACACAAGAACAACUACCAACACCUGUUCUUGGAAAUUCACCAUAUUCAUCAAUUCCAGAUCUUCACAUUUCUGCUGAAGGAGUCUGUAAGCAAUUAUCUGAAUUAA